AUGGCGACGGACGAUGCGACAUCAGGACGCAUCUACAUCAAGGAUCUGCCAGAGCUAACACCAAGAUCCAAGAGCUCAGUUGUUCUGGAUUGUCGGAGCUUGACGGCUACAUGGCAGGGUUCCGGCGAGCAUAAGCUCACGAAUGCUGGGGGCAUUGCGCUUCUGAAGCGCAAACUCAAAGACAUCAAAGAACUGGAUGCCACUUUUGCCGUUUUCAAUGCCAGCAAUUCUGUGGAUUUAGACGCCUUGAUCUAUGCCAUCAACGGUUUGCUUGCACAUCACUCGGAAGAGAUAGAAAAGCGAAAAGCGCAGGAAAAGGCUGCAGCAGCCAAGGCCGUUGCUGCCGCGGCGGCAGGCGGCAAGUCUCAGGGAGGCAAGGGCAAGCACAAGCCGAACUUCGCAGAUGUCCUCACCAAGGCGUUUUCGGAGUUCCUCACCAAGCGGUUCGGUGGUUCCGCAUGGUUUGCCGAUAUCGUGCCGAACGCACUUCAGCAGUUUGCGGGCGCAGCGUGGGCUCUGGAUUCUGGGGCCAGUCAAUUCUGCAUCAUGGGCGAAAAUGCCGAUGAUGCCAUGUGGGAAACCAUGCAAAGUGCAGACUGUGACAUCGACACAGGGGCUGGGACGGCUCGGCCAACAGCAAUGGUAGACGCCAUGGUUCCGCAUCUAGGGCGUCGCUCGGCUAUGGUGAUGCCGGAGUCAAAAAUCAACAUGGCAUCGAUGGGCGAAACUUGCGCUGAGAUGGGGUAUCAUUUUUACUGGCCGGCGUGGUCGGAACAGCCGCAUUUCUGGCGUGAUGGUGGUUCCAACGAGGUGCCGCUCACCAUGGUCAAUCGAGUCCCAUUCUUGUUAAGCGCUGUCGAUGCUGGUCCUGCAAGCAUGCACGGGGAUGUGAACGACACGGACUUGAACGACUUCUUCGCCAGCCGGGAGUUCUGCAUGACCCUCAGUGGGGCGGAACUCGCCAGUCUUUCGGUUCCCCUGACGUUGGCAACGCAGACGCAACCCGCGGAUCAACAUUGUUUGGCUCACUUUCCGAAGGACCCCACUUGCGAAGCGUGCUUGCAAGCGAAGAUGUGCCGCGCGCCGGCGUCCCGCAAGAAACAAUCCGUGGAAAAUGACAAGCAGACAGCCCGAGUGCAUGGCGAACGCAUUCACUGUGAUCUUGUCGGCCCCACGCGCCCCAGCAUCAAUGACGAGGUGUAUGCCAUGACUACUCAUGAUGAUGCUACGGGGUACCCUGCCGCACGUGCUUUGCGCGAGUUUGCUGCCAAGCUCAAAGGGCAUGGCUUGCCAUUUGUUGUGGCUUUCCUCUUUGUCUACGCGCGCAGCCCUGGUGCCAAUGGAGCCGAGUCUCCUUACCAGCUCCGCUUCAAUCGCCCCUACGAUUUGAGCAAAUUGCGUCCCUUCGGCUCCGCUUGCUACUAUUUUUCUGAGGAGCAUGACAAGUUUGCAUCUCGUGGACGGCUUGGUGUUGUGUUGGGUUAUAGCCGGCUGCAGUCGUAUUACGUCUUGGAUUUCGAGCACUACGUCGAAACAAAGGGCGAAGCACGGAUUGUACACACACGUGAUGCGCGCUUUCCGCCUCAGUUGCGCUGGCCAUUUCAUGAGCUGGGCAUGGACAACCCUGAUGCAGCGCACUGGGCCCACCGUUUGUUCGAACCGGAGGUGUUGCAGCCCACGCCCGUUGCUGGCGAUGACGGCCGUUGCGUACUUUGCGGACUGUGGGCCACUGAUGCAGAGGUCCAUUGUCGGGGAUGUUUGCUUGGUGGUGGUCGUCGUCGGCAUGUGGAUGGUCCCGGCUGCCUUCGUGCUCGGUGUGGUGGUCAUUCAUUUCUUGACGUUCAGCACGCGGCCUCCAACGAGACAAGCGUGGACUACUCCCUGAGCUUGCCCGGCAGCCGUGAUGGGGGCGUCAUCGACUCCUCCAGCUCCAGAUCUCCCAUGUCGCAUGACAUACACGAUGAUACGCAUGACGAUGAUAUGAUUCCACCCCCUGACGAUGAAGGUGAUGGACGUCAUCAUUCGGAUGCCCCGCUUCGCCGACCUCGCUGGCGGGUAGACUUGUUCACGGACGCGCAGGCGCCUCCUCGGCACAACUACGGCCCUCAGUUCGAUGACAGCAUGGAUACUGGUCUUGUACCGCCUCGCCCUGAUUUGGCCCAUCGACUCCGAUGUCAGAUCGACGCGCAGACGAUGUCACAUCUUCAUCUGGGCGAUCACGGUCUCGCCGCGGGUCGCAUUCAUCGGAUGCAGAUUCGGAACGUGCUUCUCAAGGCCCAACUGUCGCAGCAGCCCAGCAAUGUUCUUGACAAUGGGGCCAUCUCCUCCACGGUAACGUUUGAAAGUGAUCGGUCUGGACUCAGCACAGUCGUUCGCAGUGGGACGGUUCUCACGACGGCUGCAGCGCUCAGAUUGGAACAGGAGCUGGACAAGUUGACAACUGAGCUCGGGAAAAUGUUCGCUUGUGUCACGAAAACAGUCAAACGCAAGGAUCCAGAGUGGGAUACAAACGCCGCGCGUGCAGCCAUCCGCAAGGAGGCGGCAAACCACGCAUCGAAGCGGACUUGGGAUUCCGAAGCAUGUGAAUGGGAAAGUGCUGUGGCCAAGUACGGGCCUGACGUGGAGUACGUGCAGGCAAAUCUUAUCUUGGGGAUCAAGCACUACGAACUCGAUCAGUGCACCGGUUCAAAGCUCGCAUAG